GUAAAGAAGUUACCAGUUACCGGUAUGGGAGGAGGAGUGAGGAGGUGUGGUAAGAGCGCAUGUGUGUGUGAGGAAGAGGUUUAGAAGGAGGUAAAUCAAGCAUCGUGUUUUCACACAACUUUCGUGCACAACUGAAAUCGGGCACUGACGCCCUCGCCUCCCUUUCGCGCGUGCGUGAAUCGGGCAGCUAUGCGCAGCCUGUAACUUUGCUCUGAUGAAGUUUGUCCCAGUGACGUUGUCGUUCGUAACUGUCCAAUAUGGCGGCCAUCUGAGCAUAAACAAGCAGACAGGCACUGACACAUCUUUUUGAACCCAGAAGUGACUCAGGGCAAACACCAGUUCCAGGUUCCAGGCUGAGAGAUGGAAGAAUCGGACUCGGUUCCACUCUUCAGCUUCGGUGUCAUCGCUGAUAUCCAGUAUGCGGACAUCGAGGACGGCUUUAACUUCACCCGAACCCGGCAGAGAUUCUACCGGAGCAGCCUGGAGCUGCUGGAGCGAGCUCAGAAGCACUGGUCUGAGGAAACACCUAGACCCAGGUUCGUCCUGCAGCUAGGAGACCUCAUAGACGGAUUUAACCGAAUCCACGAGGCCUCUGAGAAGGCUCUGGACACGGUUCUAAGUCGGCUGUCUCCCGGCCCUGCAGACAUUCCUGUCCACCAUGUGUGGGGAAACCACGAAUUCUACAACUUCAACAGGACGUUUCUGCUCCAGUCCAGACUCAACUCGACACCAAUGAGCGCGCAGGACCAACACCUGCUGACUGUUAGUCCCGGUUCAGACACCCAUGCCUACCAUUUCAGUCCAGAACCGGGGUUUAGGUUUGUGGUUCUGGACGCGUAUGAUGAGAGUCUGCUGGGUCGAGAUGAGUGCAGCGCUGAGUACCAGAGAGCCCUGGAAAUGAUCCGGGUACACAACCAGAACCAGGACCUUAACUGCCCUCCAGAGUCUGGUUUUCUGCAGAAGAGAUUCACCAAGUUUAACGGAGGUCUGGGUGGAGAUCAGCUGACGUGGCUCCAGGCUGUUCUGACUUUAGCUGAUCGUCAGCAGGGAAGAGUCGUCGUCGUCAGUCACCUUCCAGUUCACCUUGGUUCCACUGACCCCAUGUGCCUGGCCUGGAAUUAUGACAAGGUCCUGGAACUGUUGAGUUCCCACAGCAGUGUGGUGUGUUUCCUGGCAGGUCAUGACCAUGACGGAGGAUACUGUCUGGAUCCGGAGACGGGGGUGCAUCACGUGACACUGGAGGGUGUAAUCGAGACGGCACCUGAAUCAGAUGCUUUUGGUACUGUUUAUGUAUAUGAGGAUCGAAUGGUUCUGAAAGGCAGGGGCAGGGUCCAGGACCGGACUCUGAUGUUCCUCAGUUAACAACAAGGAUCAGUGACUCUGCCCUCACUUCCUGUUCGAUGGGAAGUGAUGUCACAUUUCAUUAUACCUCAUCAUUUUUUAAGAUGGUUUUAAAAAAAGACUCUAUCACUUUAGCACUGUUGAUUAAAUUUAAUUUUUUUUAAUAUUUAGAUGAAAAAAUAAUGUUUUUGUUUUUAUGACAGAUACAAUUUACUUUUAAAAUUUAAAAAAUCUAAACUGAUGUUUGAACAUGGUACUUUUUAUUAUGAUGAUAACUGAUGAUAAACAGUUGGUUUUUAUUUUUAAUUUAUUUAAACUCUAAACCCUAACCCUGUCAGGGUCUGCAGAUGAGCUACCUCCGAUUUAACAGAGUUGACACUGAGAUUACUGUAAUGUUUCUAAAAACAAAGAUAAUCCCUGCUGUCUUUAUAUAGAUAUAGAUACAUAAAGAACAACCUUACGACUCCAA